AAAAUUAUAUUGCUGUCCCUUUUAUUAUUUUACAUUAUUUUUUCACCCCUGGUUUUUUCCUGUUCAUCUUUGAGUGUUUAAGUUUCUCUCAUUUUCUUCUGUUUAUGGCUACUUUAAACUUAGGCUCAGCUUCUCACUUUGUUGACCAGCUUCAACAACGCCCUGAUCUCCACUUAGAUUCGCCGCCCAGCUCCGAUCAUGUCACCAAUCUCAACCACUUCAACGGCAGCGGCGGCUCCGGUGGUAGCGGAGAUGCUAUGGUUCGUCGACCUAGGGGUCGCCCAGCCGGGUCCAAGAACAAGCCAAAGCCACCCGUGAUCAUCACGCGCGAGAGCGCUAAUACCCUCCGAGCUCAUAUCUUGGAAAUCGGUAGCGGAUAUGAUGUGUUCGAGGCUGUGGCUGGCUAUGCGCGACGGCGACAACGGGGGAUCUGUGUGUUGAGUGGAAGUGGGAUAGUGAAUAAUGUUAGCUUACGACAACCGGCUGCGGCUGGAUCCGUGUUGACGUUACAAGGGAGGUUUGAGAUUUUGUCCCUAUCGGGAUCAUUCUUACCACCACCUGCUCCACCAGGUGCUACUAGUCUCACGAUUUUCUUGGCCGGAGGUCAAGGACAAGUGGUCGGAGGGAAUGUCGUGGGAGCUUUGAUUGCGUCGGGGCCUGUUAUCGUUAUAGCAUCGUCGUUCAGUAACGUUGCAUACGAGAGGCUACCGUUGGAUGAAGAAGAAUUGUCGAUGCCUGCAGCUGGUGGUGACGGAGAUGGAGGCGAGGGCGGGGGCGGGGGCGGUGAUGGCCACGACAACCCUUUUCCCGACGGAUCUUCGGGUUUGCCCUUUCUAAAUCUGCCUAUGAAUAUGCCAAAUCAGAAUCAAUUUUUUGGUUGAAGGAUGAACUGCAAAUUCAUGUGUUCCAUUGUGUCUUAUUGUUCAAUCCCAAUAAUUUUCAGCCCUAAAUCCCUCUCUUUCUUCUUCUUUAGCCUUCAUCUUUGCCUGUUUGUGCUAUAAACUUCAUCAAAUUGUCUGAUUUAAUGUUUAAUUAUAAUUACCGAAUGACCUGUAC